GCUAUUCAUCACAAAGCACAUCAUUUCGGCAGAAGCAGAAGGUAGCCAUGGCAGCGAAAGCUUCAGCGUCAGUUGGCCUCUUCCUCGUCCUCAACCUCCUCUUCCUUGCACUCACCAGUGGCUGCGGCACUUGCCCAGCACCGACUCCUAAGCGCCCCAAGCCCACACCAAAGCCUUCCUACGGCAAAUGCCCUGUUGACACGCUUAAAAUGGCCGCCUGCGCCAAUGUGCUCAAUGGCCUCAUCACUGUCGGUGACGGUGAGUUCCCGAAGCAGCCAUGCCAGUGCUGCUCCCUCAUCGAAGGUCUCCUCGACUUCGAGGCCGCUGUGUGCAUUUGCACCGCGCUUAAGGCCAAUAUCCUUGGCGUCAACCUCAACGUCCCCAUCAACCUCAGCCUUCUCGUCAACUACUGUGGCAAGAAGGUCCCUGCUGAGUUCCAGUGCCCUUAGUUCCCGGUGUUCAUCUUCAUCGGAGUCAUCUGUCCUUUCUGCUCCUUUGAAGGUCCCAAUCAACCAUGGUGUUCGUGCAUGUUCUCCAGUUUGAGCAAUUUGGUUUGCUUUUCAUGCAGCAAAAUAUGGGUCAGUCGAGUGUUGAUGUGCACUGUUUCGUGUUUGGUGUAAUCUUGUAAUUGCAAUUCUUUUCUAGCGUGUAGCAUUUGUGAUCAACCAGCAUCCAUUAAAGGUGCCAUUGUGCAGUUUGACCUGUGAAAACCAGUCUUUCUUAGCUAAAUAAAUAUUUAUUAUCAUUGUACGAUU